ACCACAGGACUAGGCAGCGCCCCCGCAGCAGGCAGGAUGGCCGAGGGCAAGGCUGGUGGAGCAGCUGGCCUCUUCGCCAAACAGGUGCAGAAGAAGUUCAGCAGGGCCCAGGAGAAGGUUCUGCAGAAACUGGGGAAAACUGUAGAAACCAAAGAUGAGCGAUUUGAACAAAGUGCCAGCAACUUCUACCAACAACAGGCCGAAGGCCACAAGCUGUACAAGGACCUGAAGAGCUUCCUUAGUGCAGUCAAAGUGAUGCAUGAAAGUUCAAAGCGAGUGUCAGAGACCCUGCAGGAGGUCUACAGCAGUGACUGGGACGGGCAUGAGGAGCUGAAGGCCAUCGUGGGGAACAAUGAUCUCCUUUGGGAAGACUAUGAAGAGAAACUGGCCGACCAGGCUUUGAGGACCAUGGAAAACUAUGUGGCCCAGUUCAGCGAGGUGAAGGAGAGAAUUGCCAAGCGGGGCCGGAAACUGGUCGACUAUGAUAGUGCCCGACACCACCUGGAGGCCGUGCAGAACGCCAAGAAGAAAGAUGAGGCUAAGACUGCCAAGGCAGAAGAAGAGUUCAGCAAAGCCCAGGGCGUGUUUGAAGAUCUGAACCAGGAGCUGCUGGAGGAGCUGCCUGUUCUCUACAACAGCCGUAUCAGCUGUUAUGUGACCGUCUUCCAAAACAUUUCCAACCUGAGAGAUGUGUUCUACAGAGAGAUGAGCAAGCUGAACCACAGUCUCUAUGAAGUGAUGAGCAAACUGGAGAAGCAACAUUCCAACAAAGUCUUUGUGGUGAAGGGGCUGUCGAGCAGCAGCAGACGCUCCUUAGUCAUCUCUCCCCCCGUUAGAACUUCUACAGCCUCCAGCCCUGUGACCUCCCCUACCAGCCCCUCGGCUCUCUCUGUGACCAGUGGGAGCGAGUCCGUCUCAGCCACUGGAGAGGCGCUGGCCUCUAAGGCCGCAGAUGAAGAAGAGAGCUGUGGGAGCAAGGAGUCCUUAAAGGAUGAGGAAGUGGAGGAAGGCCAGUCUGAAGCAAGGUCUUCUGAGGGGGAAGAGCCUCUACCAGCCUGCAACGGGCCCACCCAGGCCCCACCCUCUCCUGCAUCCCAGGAGGAAGCCGCCCUGUGCUCCCCAGCUCCAUCCCUGGGCAGUGGUCAGACACUGACAGAGCAGCCUUCCCCACAAGAGGUUGUUCUUCGCACCCGAACCGCGAGUGAAGGAGCCGAGCAGAGCAGGAAAGGAGCCUCUAUCCAGAGGAUGUCGGCACCCCCUAGUCGGCCUCCACCACCCAAAGCCCCUCCAAGCCCCAGGCUUGCCUCAGGCAGUGGGCCCCACAGCCCUCCAGCCUCUGGAGAGGGUUCACCCCGCAGCCCCAGGGUCUCCUUAGAAGUCUCUUCCAAUCCAGAAGCACCUGAGAAGCCGCUGAGAACCCCUGAGGCCUUAGAAAAGGAAAACACUGGCAGCCCCAGCCCAGAAGAGCCAUGUGCCUCCUCCACCGAGAGCACCGUCCAGAACCAAGGCCCUGAGCUUCACCUCUGUUCGGAUCCAGGAGAAAACACCAUCACAGCACCUGAGCUUCAGAAAGAGGUAAGGAGGUCAGGAGAUGCCACUCAGGCAGCGGAGCGCUUGUCCAGCAAGCAGGAAGCCCUGGGUUCACUCCUUGGUGUCACAUAAACUGAGCACGGUGGCACACACCUAUAUGCUUGGUCCUUGGGAGGUGGAGGCAAAAGGGUCAGAAGUUGAAGGCCACCCUUGGCCAGCUCUAUAGCUAGUGUGAGUGCUGGAAUCACAGGCAGCCCACAGUACCUGCCCAGAGUCCAUGCGGGGUCUCCCCAGCCUGCCUGAUAUUGCUUUAAAAAGUGACAUUAUACAGGAUGUACAAAAACAUACUUACACGUACUCACAGACAUUAUACAGGAUACACAAAAACAUACACAUACUCACAGACAUUAUACAAGAUGCACAGAAACAUACUUACACAUACUCACAGACACAGUGCAGCACAGCAACUCGGAAUGCGAGCCAUAAUGGUGCCAUGAAAUGGAUCCAUGAAUUAUUUAGCUCCCAAGAAACACCCAAGCAGUUCUCCAAGUAAAUGGUACCCAUUCCUUAGAACAGCUGCUGCCAACGUGGUGGGCAGGUUCCUCUGUUCAUCUGACCACAGAGGCAGUGACCUGUGCACGGAGCCUGCAGCUCCUCCCUGAAGAAUCCCAGCAGUCAGCACCAUGGUGCCACCCUCUGCAGAGGCCACCAGCACUGCAUGGAAUAUAAUUCAAGAAAAAGUAGAGUUUUUACCCCUCCUGAGUAGGCCAGCAUCUGAUGCAACCAUGUUUACCUCCCAGGUGUUUCCAAGUGAAAACGCAGAACUCUGAAGAGAAACUCCAUCUGCCCACAGAAAUGUCUUGCACAGGGUCAAGGUCACAAGCCACUCCAUGUUGUCAGGUAGUGAGAUACUCAGUCUCGGAGACCUGUCAUUGUUGGAGUCUGAGGAGCAGCCCUGGGGAGAGGGGACCACACUCAGGGAACAUUUUACUCAAGAUGUGAGCAUUAAUAGAAGCAGGGCUGUAAUAAUGCUAACACAAAAGCAUCUAUUGGCAUGUCCACACAUUCUCAAAGGAGGACAUAUGUCCAACUAUCUAUUCACUUGGAAAAGAUGUAAAGCUGAAAGAUUUUCACAUUACUAAAUAAAGUGUGACUUUAACUAAA